UAGAUGGCGCAGUGCUUUUCUAGUAGGCCCCGCCCCAGAAGGCCUUUUAAAACAGUGUACAUAAUGUAAGCUUGUGUUGGUGGUGAAGGAGAAGAAGAGUUUACUGAUGGAUCUGAAAGGGACGCCUGUUGAAAAUGGAUACCGUAUGCCUGCAGAAUGGGAACCCCACUCUUAUUGUUGGAUGGGUUGGCCAGAGCGUCCAGAUAACUGGCGAAAUAAUGCAGUCCACGGUCAGCGUGCAUUUGCAACUGUAGCAUCUGCUAUUUCAAGAUUUGAACCAGUAACAAUCUGUGCUAGUGCUGCUCAGUGGGAAAGUGCAUGCAGCUUGUUGCCUAAACAUAUCAGGGUUGUGGAGAUGAGCAUGAAUGAUUCUUGGUUUCGUGAUACUGGUCCAACUUUUGUCAUCAGAAAUACCGCAGCAAAUGCAGAACAUGCAGCGUCAAGUGUUGCAGGGAUUGAUUGGACCUUCAAUAGCUGGGGUGGUGUUGAUGAGGGCUGUUACAAAGACUGGAGUCUUGACCUUCUUGUUGCAAGAAAGAUUUUGGCAAUUGAAAAGCUCCCAAGGUUUUCGCAGUCUAUGAUUCUUGAAGGUGGAAGCAUUCAUGUUGAUGGAGAAGGGACUUGUCUCACAACAGAAGAGUGCCUCCUGAACCCAAACAGGAAUCCACAUUUGUCUAAAGAACAGAUUGAGAAUGAACUAAAAGCAUAUCUUGGAGUCAGGAAGAUUAUUUGGCUGCCUCGAGGGUUGUAUGGUGAUGAGGAUACAAAUGGUCAUAUUGACAACAUGUGCUGUUUUGUGAAACCUGGUGUUGUUUUGUUGUCUUGGACUGAUGAUCUAUCUGAUCAACAGUAUGAAAGAUCCUCUGAAGCGCUCUCUAUUCUUGAAAAUACUUCUGAUGCCAAUGGUAGAAAAAUACAAGUGAUCAAACUCCAUGUACCUGGGCCACUCUAUAUGACAGAUGAGGAGGCAGCUGGACUAGUUCAGGAUGAUGAUGCUAAAUCUAGGCCUUCAGGUACAAGGCUUGCUGCUUCUUAUGUGAACUUCUACAUUGCUAAUGGUGCAAUUAUUACUCCGCAAUUUGGGGAUAAAAAAUGGGAUGAAGAAGCUAUUAGAGUCCUCUCACUGGCAUUUCCAAAUCAUGAGGUUGUAGGAAUUGAAGGUGCUAGGGAAAUUGUAUUGGCAGGUGGAAAUAUACAUUGUAUCACGCAGCAGCAGCCAACUGGCCCAGAAUAAUUACCCAAGGUUAUAAAUGGUUCCAUAUCUUAGCAGAAUCCAACUAAGAUUUGACAUGAUUUGACAUGUGCAAGUGAUAACAUGGAAUUCUUAGUGAUCACAUGUGCAAGAUGAACUUUAGUUUCUGUAUUUGCUUUUUGUUUCAAGAUUCUGGAGUGCAAAAAUAAUGUCUGGGAUUUUAUAACUGUACUGUUGGGUCAAACUACAAAUUGCUUGUUCGUUAUGUUGUUCUUUUUUUGUAAGCUUCAGACUUCAAUAGCAGCUCCUUUUUUGGCUAUUAUACUGAAAUCUAGAAUGCAUA